UUGUGAAGAAGAAAGAGAAGACUUGACAAGGAACCAUAAGAAUCGUGUUGAAAAAUUACCUUUCAUUCCUCUCCUAGACUUGUUAAGGAACAGAGACCUCGUUGAAAAUGUCAUCUAGAUAUUUGGUAAAGAGGAAGUACAAAAACCUGUCGAGAUACCAACUUUACAAGAAGGAAAUCAGUGGCCAUGAUACUAGUCCGAUGUUUAUGGUACCCACAGAUGGCCUCGGUCACAUGUCUCACGGUGAAGUCUUGAAAGCUCUAAGAGUAUUAGAAGCUGCACUUCAGAGAUUUGAGAAUCAGAGACACACAAUUAUGACACAAUUAAAGGUUUUGGAAAGCAAUCUAACAACAGGACCCGAUGAAUACUUGGGAGAUAGUGUCGGUUUGCUAGAAAUAAUUUCACUUAUCAACAAACACAGCGGUGUAAAGACUCUGCUGUCUCUGCUCAUGGUCCCUGACCUUGGAACAGGAUGCUGUGACCUCGACAAGUGUGAUCACUCAGCAACUGUUGGGAAUCUUCAAGCUACUACACUCACCAUACUCAAUAUGCUCACUACACUGGACACAAACAUAGGAAGUCAGCUCAGUGACAGUGACGAGGUACUACAGAUCCUCUUCUCCCACAUGGUCUGCCGGGCAACAUACACCAGAGCCAUCACACUUAUUGAGCACCUUCUUCUUCUGAGGAAGAACACCCUGCAGUUGAAUACAAUACCUGGUCUAGAUCGCCUGAUAGGUCAGUUGGAUGGGGAGUAUCUGGCCAAUUUCUGUAGCAUCCUGGCUGUCACCAUCUCAGACCUUGAUGUUUAUGAAAACAAGUCUCUGUUGUAUGAACAAAGUAAACUCCGCAGUAACAUCAAAUGUCUCUCCCCAUUAAGAGACAUAAACCAGGAAUUUGUUCUUGGUAUCCCAGAAUUUCUUCCCAGACUAGUGAACUUUGCCACAAAUCUUCCAUAUGAACCACGAUAUGAGGGCAUUACCAUGGAAGUUGAUCACUGGAUAAGGUUGAUAGAAGACUCAAUGUCUGAUGUCCUGAAUGAACACAAUCCUCUUAUUGUCACAGAUCUGAUGGAAAGAAUACAACCUCAAGCCAUUGUAAACCAGCUAGAAGCUUUGACUAGCCCGAUGCUUCAGAGGGUUGAGAGCGUUUAUGUGUUAGGUCUCCUCUUGUUAGGGAAACAGCGUAAAGAAGUCCAGACACAGUUAGCACAGCUACGCCUCAUACCCCGACUCUCCCAGCUUUUUGACCUCUUCAUCUGGAAAUGUGAAACGUAUCAGGAGCGUGUAAGAGUCCCAGGUCACCUAAGCUCUUGUGAAUGCAGUCCAGAAGUUGCCCUUAAAAUACAAUUUUUAAGAUUGGUGCAUAGCUUCUGUGACCAGUCUGAGUACAGAUAUCUAAUGCUGACACCAGUAGAAUACCGUGAAGUGUGCAGCAUUAGCGCUGCCAAGAUGCUUAUGCAGGAACCUACAGUCAGCACACCUUCCACCACUCUCUCAAGCAACACCAGCAAUACACAGGAAAGCAGAACACCCCCAACAGUAGCACAAGACACAACUAGAAUAGGAAAUAAUGAGUUGUCCAGCUCAGGCCUGAGAAUCGAACCACUUGGGGGUUCAGGGCCUUUGACACAAACCCCUGUAGAAUAUCCAGCAGAUCAAAUGUGCUCCGGUUCACAGGGUCUACUUUCGAAGAUUGUAGAGGCUCUGAAGAGAGAAACAACAGGAUCAACUUUCAGGUUUUGGUUUUCUCGAGCCAUUGAGAGUUAUCUCCGUAGUGCCAACCCUUAUGCAGAUCAAGUGUUUCUUCUCCGCAGAGGCUUAUUGAAGCAUUUGGCAAAUUCCUUGUUGAUGUGUGAUUCUGGACAUAACCAGAAGGAAGUGUUGCAGUCAACUUUUGAUCUACUUGGAGAACUGCUUAAGUUUAAUGUUGAUGCUUAUCGUAGGCUAGACAAUAUCAUAUCCACAGAGCCAAGGGAGAAGAAGCUCUUUCGCCUUGUAACAAAAAACCUUGUGGACUCCAACAUGCUGGUGAGAUCUUUGGUCCUAUCCAGUGAUCUGUUCACAAGGGAGGGCAAAGCCACAGAGUUUGCUGCCAGAUCUCGUACACUUCGGCAUGUGGCAACCUUUAAGCAAAGGCUGGACUUCUUGGUUCAGCUCAUCAAGACCAUCAGUGUAGACACAUUGACACAGGAAAAUGUGAGCUGCUUAAACACCUCCCUGGUCAUCCUGAUGUUAGCACAUCGACAUUCUGAACUCCCUUUGUACCUUGAGGGUCUGCGCAGUCAUGUUGAACCACACCUCCUUACCAACCUGCGCUCUCUCUUGCGAUUCUGGCAGACUCACUACCUCCAUAAUAAAGAUAAAGAUUGCAACACACUUCAAAGGAGUUCAGGCAUCUCUUUUGAUUUCUGGCGGGAGACAGUAGCGACACUAGUUGCUGAAAAUAAACUCUCCCCAGACUGCAUAUACCACUACUUGUCUCCUGAGGACCUUAACUUGUCUCGGACCAGCUAGACAGCAACCCAGAUAUGGUUGCCAAGGCUAGGCUGAUUUUUUAUAUAUUUUUUCUGUAUUCUUUGCUUUUAAUUAUUCACAAGAAAGAUUUUGUAUUUCAGGAUUUUCUGUGUUCUCUGGCUCGUAAAUAUUCACAAGAGAGAAUUUGGGAUAAAUCUUUAAAGUGCAGGAAGGGUGUGUUUGGGACUGGUGUUUAAACAUUGUUAUUGUCAUUGCUAUCCUAAUUUUCUACUUCAUAUUUUGUUCAUUGCAACAUUUUUGCAUGUGGAGUACAAAAAUUAUUGUCAACUGCAAACAGUAGAAAAAAAAAAGAAAUAAAAGGUAUUUUUGCCAGAGAUGCUCUAGUCAUUUUUUAAAGAAACUGAUACUGUGUUAUAUGAGAAUAAGACUAGAGGACGAGAAAAUUUUAGUGAUGAGCUUGUUAGGCAGGCAAGGUAGAAGAAAAGUUUUAUGGAAAAAAAAAAUAAAGAAAACAAGUAAGAAAGAAAGAGAGAGAGAGAGAGAGAGAGAGAGAGAGAGAGAGAGAGAGAGAGAGAGAGAGAGAGAGAGAGAGAGAGAGAGAGAGAGAGAGAGAGAGAGAGAGAGAGAAAGAGAGAGAGAGAGUUGGGAGGAGGGAAAGAAAGAGAAAAUUAGAUUCUUUUGCCAUGUUGUAUCACCUACUUUUCUUUUUGUUUUAAUUUAUGAUAUUCUUGUUCGUAUAAUAAAAAAGAAAAAUAUCCUGUCCUCUUAUAUUUGAUAUACUGUAUACUCGGAAGAACUUUAUGGAACAAAUAAAUAUUUUGUCUAGCUCA